GUAAUACGAAACCCGGAAAUCAGUCUCGGAUUGAACCAACCCACCACUGUAAGAAAAUUCCCAUCGAUGGGUUGAAGAUGGGUCGUGAAAUAUGAUUGUGUACAGAAGUUACAAACAUUGCGAUUUCAAAGACAGUCGAUACAGUACUGGCAAGCAACUUGACUGAAUCGACACAGGUUUACAUCACAUCGAAGAGGCUAGUUUAUGAAGAUGAUACCAUUGACACGUGAUGACGCGAACGGUUUUGUAUCCCAAGAUUGCCAUGAAUUAGGCCUGACGACAAGGUUCACUUUGUGAUUCAGGUGUGCGUUUUGACGCGUCGAAAGAUUUGAAAACUCAUGGGUGUGUGGAGAAUUGACAUUGGCGCCUAAAGAACAAGGUCUCCUGUAGUCCUUGACAGACUAUAGAUUUCUAAGAAAUAUCUAGAACUAUUACCACAUCAAAACAAUCACAAUAGCUAUUUCUGAAUGACGGGUUUGGUUCUAAUAAGUUCAUGUUACUAGAAGCUAUAAACGACAGCCCCAUUUUCAGGAAUAGGAUCAGGGCGUUGCAGAUUUCGAGCUAUUGUGAGCCAUAAAAAGCUAAAGUCUAGAAUUGUCCUGCUGCAAGUAGGUAUACUAGAACUUAAAAAAUGAGACAUGUUGUGAAACGGCGGAUUCAGCAACAACCUUAUUGGUGCAAAUUCCUCUCGACGUGUGCUCGUAUACUGACACGUAGCUAAAAGUGUAUUGCGAAGUGUAUUGCGAGAGGAUCGGCGACUAUUCACUUUCAAUCUUGAACCAAACUUGCUGGUAUAAAUCAAAUUAAUCAUGUCGAGAUCUAGUCGACGGUAUAAGUCCACACUGGCAAACAACGGCGGCGCAGUCCCAGGAUGUGACCCAAUGCGGAUGCCUCGAGCCCGUGUACUGGUCUUCUGUCUCCUCGGUGUGUUGACUCUGGCCGUUGUGUUGGGGUUGUACCUAGCCAACGACCCGAACAUCAGCAGGUUCAACAGAGCCCCGUUUGCGGACCUAAUCAAAGACAAGUUCUCCCACAAGCCCAGUAAGUCCUCUCCCGCCCAAGUGCGUCGCCUGGCGUCCCAGGUGGACGGUGCUCGUCUCUGGGAGACCUACCUGAGACCCAUCCUGGUUGAGAGACUACCUGGCUCCAAGGGUAGCCAGGUUGUACGCCAGCACAUCACUUCCACCUUCUACUCCCUCACCGCUGGUUGGACUGUAGAAAUGGACUCCUUUUCCUCUCCGAAGACCCCCAGGGGUCAGGUGACCUUCUCCAACAUCAUUGCGACCCUUGACCCCUCUGCCCCGCGGCGCCUGCUGCUGACCUGCCACUACGACUCCAAGGCUCUGCCCCCGGAUCCCCGGGCCCCUUACAAGGUGUUCCUGGGGGCCAGCGACUCGGCCGUGCCCUGCGCCAUGAUCCUGGAGCUGGCCACCGCGCUGGACGAGCAGCUCCGGAUCCUCAAACAGCAGGGCCCAGCAGUGACACUCCAGCUGGUGUUCUUUGACGGCGAGGAGUCGUUUGAGGAAUGGACCGACACUGACUCUCUGUACGGCUCACGACACCUGGCUGAGCGCAUGGCACGAACACCCCACCCCUCUGGCUCCACACACACCACCCAGCUGCAGGCCGUGGAUCUCUUUGUUCUAUUGGAUCUGCUUGGAGCGCCAGAUCCUCUGAUUGUCAACCACUUUGACAACACCGCCCGAUGGUUCGACCGCCUCAUCUCUGCUGAGAAGCGCCUCCACAAACAGGGUCUUCUCAUCUCCCACCCCUCUGAGCAGGCUUACUUCAGGAAGGAUGUGUACUUUGGCCCCGUUCAGGAUGACCACAUCCCCUUCCUAAACAAUGGUGUCCCCGUGCUCCACAUCAUCGCCACCCCAUUCCCCUCCUUCUGGCACACUCUGGAUGACACCGAGGAGAACAUGCACCGGCCCACGGUGGAAAACCUCACCAGGAUCCUGGCCGUCUUCCUGGCAGAGUACCUGGGCUUCUAGCCCCCAUCUUUACUGGGCCGGAAGGCUUCCUGGACCCGGCCCAUCCCACAGAGCUGCUGGACCUGAGAAGGUUGGCUCACGGAACGGAAGGUUGCCUGGGGCCUCCUGUCACCGCGGCCGAGCCCAGGAACUCAGCGCUCGAGGACUUCAGCCUAAAUACGGGGUCAUUCAGAAACGUCUGCCUCCUAAACAAAUGGACCAGAAGACAUGAUUCUGAGAGGCAGGUUGGGUUGGUUCAUAAACAUUCAUACAUACAGAAAUCCUCAGUUGUCUCAUAUGCAUACUGGAAGUCAGGGUGGAACACUGACGGGUGUGUUGGAAGCUUGAACCUCUUCUCUGGUAACUUUUGAAGGAAAACUGCUGGAGAUACAUGUCUGUUAGUUAAAUGUGUUUGUGUGAAGUGUUGAAUAGUCUUACAAUAUCAUUGAGCCUUAGUGUGUGUGUGUGUGUGUGUGUGUGUGUGUGUGUGUGUGUGUGUGUGUGUGUGUGUGUGUGUGUGUGUGUGUGUGUGUGUGUGUGCGUGUGCGUGUGUGUGUGUGCCAUUUCUCAUGUCAGUAUCCUUGUGAUUGUGUAUUUCUCCUGCUGACCCGGGGUCAUAUGCAAUAAUCUCCGUGAGCCAGUGAGGAGGGUGUGGCCUUACUGUCAGGCCUGGAGCGCCUGGGACCAUGUCUGUCCAUGUGAUGAGGUUUAACCAUGACAUAAACACAUGCCUUUGCUGGUACUGAAAUCCUGAUGUUUCCUGUCUGGGGCUUUCACUAAUAUGUGAGUAGAAGGCCCCCUUUAUCAUAGGGCUCUAUCCCUACACUUAGAGAGACGCCUUACUGAGGGUUAUCUCUCCUUCCCUGCAUCUGGAGAGAACCCUUCCUGGAGGUCAGGUUGGAGCAGAUAACCUGCAGGAUGGGGCCUCUCCAGGAACAGGGUUGGAAAGCCCAGCUUCAAUGUCUGUAAAGUUCUCCAUCUGCUCUUCCCACAUAUUUAACCAGUAAAAUAGUAAGUAAUAAAUGUUUUUUUGUUGUCAA